AUGCUGGAUGUCGAGGAUCUCCUGUCUGACGUUCUACCCAACGCCGAAGAGACUGUCUAUGCAGUCGUCCAUUGCAACUGCAGCCUGGCUCGACAGAUCGACAACAAUGCCGUCUUCAAUGUCAACGGAUCUGGGGACUACGACCCUCUCCGCACAUUUAUCCUUGUCCACUCUGACAACAUAGUGGUCGCCAUCUCAGUCAAUAACAUGACGCUUAGCACUAUUCAGCAGGCAACGAAGGCGUAUCUGGAAUUCACGCAGAACCAAAACCUGGCCAACAAGCAUGUAAAUGUCGUCAACGGUGUUGAGGAUACAAGUAUUCGGACCUCGGGGGACAAGAAAUACCUCAAAGCCCCGGUCAUGGCCACCUGCUCGAAGCAAUGCCAUUCUCAUCGCCAAGAUCGAGAGGAGGAUUCUGAAGACGACGAGGACGACGAGAACUCUGCAGCCCAGCGGCAUCUAGUCGUCGACGUACACACAUCAGAGUGUCCAAUCGAGAUCACCGCACAUAACGCUGACAUCACAAUCGAAGCUGCUGGGCUGGAAGAUUGCGCUGUUAAUGGUGUACUCAACAUCUACGCCGUACGACGAUGGACACUAGGUCGCAGACUUCCGGAACGUGCUGCGCUGGCACAAUGUCUUUACGAAGUCCUGAAGAAUGUAGUUCCGCUCCAAAUUAUCCGCUCCGAUCCGAAGCGAUUCUUUGAAGGAUCUCGUUUGCUAUUCGGUCUCAUAUUGGAGAAAGCCAAACAAAUGAAGAUUAGCAAUGACAAUGCCCAGCUAUCGUAUAUCGACAUGAAAGUUUACGACCUACGGAACUUGACCACGAUGCAGCCCGUAUUGUCACAGCCGGUGCAGACAACAUCUGGUCUUGUCGAUGCGGGGUUCCACGAGGCUUUUGUCGAACGCAGACUUCUAUGCUGGACGGAUGGAGACAGCUCGAAGAGAACAUCGACAUUCGACCAAACCUGGGAUCGCAUUGCUAAAGUGUCUGGCGGUACCAAAACCCAAGUCCUGGUGUUCAACUCCGGUGUCAUCAGGUCUAGCUGUCGCUAUGUGGACGCUGGUGACGUCAACAGUAUCAUUUCGCCUGCGGAGUACGUUGAUCUCACAUAUCUGGCCAACCUCUGCAGCCGAAACCAACUGAGCGUCACACCACCUGCCAGCCUAGCUUCUGCCUCUGCUCCCGUUUUGACUCUAGAUAGACAUGGCUUUCUUGCGGUAUACGUGGGCCGUGCUGCUUGUGCUGAGGCAGGGAGAGACAUCCUCAUGUUUCGACCGGGAUGUGCCGAAGAAGAAGAAGCAGCAGUCGAUAUUUCAAUUAUCACCCAGUUAUUGGAGCCAAUUCUCACUCAGCGCAGGGCUGAUGGCACCAUUGUCUUCGAGGCUUACGGCGAUUAUUAUCGCAAGCUGACAACUCCGGAUGAGAUAACCAUGAUAUGCGUCGAUCUAAGCCGAAGCAUGGCUCACCAUUGUGGUUUCGUCGAUAUAGAGCAUAGCGAAGAUGCCGAGGAAGAGCUUCAACAACAGGUGCGAUCGACUACGGAUACCGCUCCGCCGCUAUCAAUCGAGAACCCUGCUUUCGAUUUACCCGAUUCAGAUGAGCUCAAGGAGUACCUAAAAUUGCACGAAUCGUACGACGACUUCCUUGCUAUCGUCAACACAGGCAAAGACGACUACCAUCGCCGACAGAACGCCGAGAAGAUGCUACAGAUCCUCCAGCAGCUGCACGAGCAGCAGCGAGCAAGUCAACAGUGGUUUCGCAACCGAUCGGAACUCAUCGAUCGCGAAAUGAGCGUUCUCAGCAAUCGGUCCUUGCGCUUGCAAAUGUAUAAGAGCCUGCUCUGUGCAUGGCUAAUUGUCUGCCUUGGCAAUACCGUCGUAUCCGACCCGUUGACUUGGAAGCCGGGCGACAUCAUCCCGAAUGUCUACAAAGUGCUUCCUGCCACUGGUCAACCCAGAUUCGAGGUGCCGCGAGAAUACUGCUGUCCUAUCAGCAACGAUGUGAUGCAGAAUCCUGUGAUCACGGUCGACAAUUACACCUACGAGCGUAAAGAAAUUGAACGAUGGCUUGGGACUGACGAGCGUUCGCCGUUGACAAACCUGGUUCUUUCCAGCAAUGACCUGCGCCCUGAAGUACAGAUACAGGAGUACAUCACCGCAUGUUUGAACUGCUCAGAUAUCGUGGGAAGACAUGUGCAGAGUCCUAGGACACGAGCCUCUUCCCGUACAACCCGUGUCACUUUCAGAUCACCACUGGAGACACACUCAAUGGAUGCGCCAUACAAUCUGAAGGCGAUAGAGCUGUGGGAGAUUGCUUUUCGUCUGACCAAAGGUCGCUACCCGAGCUAUGAGCUACGUCAUCGGAAUGCACAGGUCCCGGCUACUUCGGAACCUAUCGGAACUAUCAUAAACGCAGCCCAAGAAGUGUUCAUCACACCUCUAGAGCGAAAGCCGUCAACUGACAGUACCAACGUGGAGGAGCUAUGCCUCGUCAAGGUAUAUCGCGGCUCUAGAUUUGACGACCCUGUUGUAUCAUACUGGAUACCAAAGCAGACCACGAAAUCUGUAGCAUCCACAGCUUUCCGAUACUACCGCCAGAGGUUCAUGGAGAGAUCGAUGUCCGCCGUGGAGAAACCUUUGGCUUUCUGGACCUGUAUGCGAGGUGCUGGCGACAGCAAUUGGCGUGGUAAAGGAAUACACGACCAUUGGGGACGAAUCUCAUCCUAUUUCAAUGGGCAAGAUUCUACAGGAAUACUAUCGAACGAGAGCUGCGUGGAUAAACUCAUUGAUGACAAGAAUUCAGAGAGCGUCAAUCACGAAGACACAGCAGGCAACCGUCCUUUUGUUCUCAAGAUGUGUCUACGGAGCGCUUCAAGCUUCAGCAGGAAGCGCGUUUCGCUGACACGCUUAGACGUCGUGAAGCAGAUGUUUGAUGCCUAUAUCAAUCGUCUACUGGCAUACAACUUCCAGACACAUCUCGGAUUGAUCACCUUCAGCACCAGGCCCUCAGUGUCGCAGGAAAUCACUGACGCUGUUGAAAACUUCCGCCACAAACUCAACAACAUGAAAGCCUCCGGUGACACGGCUAUUUGGGAUAGUAUUGCUCUUGCGCAAGACCAGCUUCUAGAGUACGCAAAGCAGUACCCAGGCGCAAAACUCAGAAUCGUCUGUAUUUCCGAUGGCGUAGACAACCGAUCCAAGAACGAAGCUCAUGGGCUGCCGUCGAGCCUGUUUCGCAACAACGUGGUAGUCGAUUCUUUCUGCCUGGGUAAAGAACAUGAGAAUACCGACCUGACGGCAGUCUCAUAUCUGACCGGCGGAUAUGUCUUUCAACCGAUGACUCUCGAGGAAGCCAUGGCAAUCUGUGAGAUGGAGCCUGUGCUUUCGCUAUUGGAGCGUCCAGACAAGUCGCUGAAGGGUAAUGAGUACUACAACGGGUUUUUCGCGAAUCCAGAUUUGUAUCACUUCUACCUUGCUCGGGAAAUGGGUAAGGUCGAAGAGGUGAGCCACGACAAGUUUCCAGAACGCAAAGAACAUCCUCAGCUCUCAGAAUCGUUCGUUAGGCUGGGCUACUUCGACAGGAGCAUAUCUGCGAAUCGUACAGGCAACAAUAUGCGCCUGAGCAGGAUUCAUAAUGAGAUUCGUAAUUCAGGUGCCAAGCCGCAUCCGCACUAUGAUAUCUUCAUCUGUGAGUCGAACAUGGGACUCUGGAAGGUUGUCAUGCAAGGCCUACCAGAUAGUACCUACGCUGAUGGAACUUUCCUCCUGUACCUGGAAAUGGGAGCUGGCUAUCCCAUGUCGCCACCAGAAGCACGCUUCGUCACACCUAUCUAUCAUCCGAACAUCAACCGCCAUAGACGCAUUUGCCAUUCGAUUUUGGAUCAUAACUGGACCCUGGACACUUCCACCAAAGAUCUCAUCGAUACCAUCUACUCCCUUCUGCUCGUGCCAGAGUUCAGCGACCCCAUCAACACCGUCGUUACACUCGACUAUCACUGGGGCGAGGUUCAGUUCCAGGAAGAGGCGCAGCGUCACAUUGAGAAGCACGCAAGCAAGAGUAGGGCUGCUUGGUGCAGCGAAAUUGUGGGCUAG